AUGCCUCGCCUUUUGAACAAAAAGCGACGUCGUCGCAAGAUAUCUUUAGAAGUGCACCGAACCUACCGCUCCCCAACGAAGUUCUACGACGAAUGCUUCGUCCGGGUGUUGGAACCAGCCACCAAGGCAGGGCGCCGUGCGGCUCGCCGUCGCGCUCGCCACCGCACUUCUGGUCAGCCUGAAGCGUCUCUGGCUACCAUUGACGCGGAGGAUGACGAAGAUGAUGGAGACGAAGAUUCUACCGUUGUCCCGGCCGAGUAUCUGGACGGGGCCCGGGAUGAAGAAAACACGGGUAUUGAGGGGUGGAGAGCCAAGUAUCGUUUCCCAAUCAGCGGGUUAAAGGUCAAAAAUACUUACAAAGAUGCUGUUAUUGUCGCGAUUCUGCUGGGAAAACUCAAGCAGACUCGAGAACUUAUUUUUGACAGCGUGAGUCUUGCGGAAGAUUUUUGCAAGGUCUUGGAAAAGGAGCUGGAAGGCGAAGAACAACGGGCUGAAGCUAAGGUCAAAGCGGAAUUUGGCGAUAUCGUCAUGCCACAGGGCGAAAUCACUUUGCUGAUGGAGAUUGUUUCGGGUUGGAAUUUGCCGAUUGGCGACUUCGACAAAUCAGACCCGUUCGUGAUCUGUAUGUUGAACGGCAAAGAAGUUCACCGGACCAAAUACAUCUCCAAAACGUUGGAUCCUAUUUGGACACUCAAGACGGGAUCUUUGUUCCUACUCACAAUAAAUCCGAAGGAGCUCUUCCUCAGCGAAGGCCUGCUCUGCCUCGUCAUGGACUUUGACAAGGUCGGAAAGAACGAGAAGCUUGGGGCUAUUACAAUUCCUCCCCGAGUUCUUUUUGAUUCAAAAGGUGACCGUAUGGAAUUCAAACUUGGGCCCCCUCCUGGGAAAACUGGAGAAGUUGACGGUCAUCUGGCUAUACGCUGUCGACGGGCGUCCGAACACGACAUCCACUUCUUGAAAGACUACGCAGAUUCGCAGAAACGCAAUGCCCUGCAAAACCGCUUUCACAAAGAACCCGCACAGAGUACAGACACGAAAGGAGGCUCUGGCAAUAUUGCCUCCUACUUUCGCAGGCAAAGUCGAACGGUCAAGGAUGGCAACGAGGAAGUCAAGGAGUACAAAGUUCGACCUGGUCCACAUCCGAAGCGCAAAGAUCAAACAACAUGGAUGACUCAUGAUCAGGUGGAAAAGGAGAGUUUGAAGGAAUCAGAGGAAUGGAUUGAUACAGGCAGUGGGAAACUCGGGCGACUAUUUGUCGAAAUUAUUGGAUGCGACGACCUUCCAAACCUUGAUACCGGCGGACGCAACAAAACGGACACUUUCGUCUCGAUUGUGUACCAAGAUUCUGUAGUUUCAACAGACAUCAUCGAUGACUGUUUGAGUCCUCGAUGGAUGCCCUGGACUAAGCGUGCGUUCAUUUUCCACAUCAUGCAUAGCAGCAGCCAACUCUUUCUUGGAGUUUUCGACUUCGACGAAGGUAUCAAUCCAACUGACGAUCACGACUUGGUUGGACGUGUUUCGGUCGAUUUGACGAACUUACGCAAAGACACAUUAUACACUUUAAAGUAUAACAUCUUUACGACAGCCCGCAUGGCAGAUCGCAAGCGGCGGGGGUCGAUCACGGUACGAUUGCGUCUCGAAAUUGAAGACGACCGAAAACUCUUACUAAGCAACCUGGAGCCUCCGCCUGACAUGUAUGUCAACGUGAAAAAGCGCAAAGAUUUCCGAGUAGUGCGAUACACAUGCACGGGAAAGUAUGACAUGACGAAGUAUGAUAUGAAGUACAUCAAUUCGUACAUCGAAGAGCUACUGUCAAUCCAGCAUGUCCUAUAUUACCUACAGGAUGCACUCAUGGUAUUGAUCUUGUGGCGUGGAACGCUACCAAUUGAAAUUCGUGGCGAAACGUACAAGUUCCCUGUUCACUCUCUAUCUGCUUUUAUUGCUGCAGUUUUGUUGGUAGAGCAGCCCCAAUUGAUCCCCUCGCUGUUUUUUGGGUGUAUUGCUUGGUUAAUUAUAGCAAUCAUGGACUACCGCCAAAACCUACCAGACCUCUGGAGUCGUUGCAAAACUUUUCGUGAGUUCAUAUACAUACUUUUUGUCGGAAAAUCACCUAUUUCACCUCACAACAUCAAGCAAUACGAGCAAUACGAAGAAGCCAAAAAGUUUCUCGAGGACCAGCAAAAACGUAUUGAAGAGUCGGAGAAGGCAGCUGAAAGAGCGUACGAAGAGUCUGUCAAAGCGCAGGAAGAGUACGAGCGAGAAAUGGAAGAAAUUGGAGAAGCAGAUGUGGACAUUAGUACGAAAACAGGUGGAGUAUCCCUCGACCCUUUUAAACCUAUUUUAUUUCCCGUCCAGCAAAAUCUUGCGCUGAUUUGUCGAUAUCUGCGACAUGUUCGCUACGUUCUGUUUUGGGAAGAAUGCUACAUUGCAUUCUGGGUUUCUGCCGGAUGUCUUCUGCUGUCAAUUAUCUGUGUGUUUAUUCCUUGGUUCUUUCUGAUCAAAUGGACGUCUCGAUUUUUGGUUUGGUUCACAUUUGGUCCUUGGAUGAAGCUUGUGGAUGUCUACUAUGUUGGCAAGAUAAAGCCACCUACCGAAGCGGAGAUUCAGGAGAAGAAGAAACUGGAUCGAGAAAAGCGCCGUCUUCAGACCUCCGCCGCCGCUGCAAAGGCUCGGGUUAAAAGAGAGAACGCAACAAAGCUUAAGGCUAUGAAAAAGUACAUGUUUGGGAGGUACAUUGCCAAGGUUCCAAUUCUAAAAGAAGACCGUUACCGUGACCUUCCAUUACCCUCCUCCACUGCCGUUCCAUACCGCCCUAAGCCGCUACCGUUGUCUGAACUCGCGAUGCAGGAAGCAGGCUAUCAUCGAACUCGCCUUCCCGGCCAACAUCUAGUUGGUGACAUGAUUCCUAGGGCGGAAACUCUAGGUUUUACAGAAGCUCCAAUAGGCCAAGCAACUGCACACCCACGUCUUGUGGAUAAAAAGCGGCCCGGUGGUAAUAUCUCUUCAGGUUUGGAGUCGACCACUAGUGCUUAUGCCAAGAUUGGAUCGCUCAUUGUUGCGGCUGGUUUGAUUAGCUGGUUUUGUGUCCCUGUAUUUGCCGCGAUGGCCGAGAAAGUUAUCAAUUUCUUCUAGCCUUCUAAAACUUUUUUAAAACAUAGGCACUUGA